CGGGGGAAGGCACCAGCCCGGCCAUGGCGGGGCGGCCCCGCUGCGAACUGUGCGGGAGCCGCCCGGCCCCGCGGCUCUGCCCGCGCUGCCGCCUCGUCCGCUACUGCGAUGCCUCUCACCAGGGGGCCGACUGGAACAGCAUCCACGAGAAGAUCUGCCCCCUGCUCAUCCCACCCCAGCCCUGCUUCCACUCAGAAAGAGCCAGAACACACGGCAAGGAGCAGCUGCUGAGGAGGCAGAAGUCCAUCGUGGAGGUGGCUGUCAGUGCUGCCCAGAGGUUCCUUUGGGAAGGGAAGGCCCUGGAAGCCCUCCCUGCAGCCCUGCAGGCCCUUCGCUUCAGCGCCCGCGUGUUCGGCUGGAGCUCCGUGCAACUGGUGCCUGUUUAUCUCCUCCUGGCCGAGGCCUCCACGGGCACUGGGAAUCUCCGACAGGCAUCCAAGUACCUCUCUGAGGCCGAGUGGAUCGUCCUGCAGAGCCCAGAGUGCCCUGCUGCUGUCCAGUCCAGGUUACACCGUGGGCUGGGGCUGUUCUGUAUCGCUCAAGGAAACCUUGACCAGGCUUUGUAUCACCUGUCCACUGAUGUUUAUCUUGCUACUUCUGCCUUUGGAGUGGACUCCAUUGAGGUCUCUGGGGGGUAUUUCCACAUGGCCAACAUUUUCUUCCGCCGGAAUAAAGUGGAUGUGGCAAACUCACUCUACACUGAGGUGACCAGGCUGUGGCAUUCCUGGCUGCUGAGCUCACUGCAGGAGCACCAGGGACGGCUCCGGCGGCUCCGGGCCCACGCCGAGGCGGCUCCGUGGGCUGACGACGAGGAGGUGGCCGAGGACGGCAUGACCGAAGCCCAGGGGGAAGAAGCGAGGCGGGUGCUGCAGGCCCUGCUGGGGGUCAGGGAGAAGCAGCAGCUCCCCGAGGAAACAGCCCGAGUCCUGCACGCCCUGGCCGUGCUCCACUACCUGGACCUGGAUUUGGAAAAGGCCCGGGAGGUGGGGAUGAAAGCCUUCGACCUGGCCAAAGAGCUGCCCCAGCAAGAGUCUCUAGAAACCAUUGGUCACCUGUUGGAGCUGAUUAAUGCCAACUUUUCCCACACAAAAUAAGAACUGGCUCUGCCAGAUCCAGGUGUUUGGCCAGGUUAUCUCUUCCCAGGUUCCUGGACACCACGAGCGUCAAGAGCCCUCCCUCCUUCCCGCUGCUGCCUCUUCCCAGCUGUCUUUCCUUGGCUGUCCCAAACUCUUUGGAAAGUAAACACUUGGGUCUGAGUUAA